AAGUCCCAAGAUCCACCGACAUAAGAAUCCCAAUUCCCCAAAUCUCUCAUCUUAUAAAAUUCUCUCCGCGUAUACAACAUUUCGUCUCUAUAACCUAAACCCUCAUUCGAAUCUCACAAUCAAGCUGAAUCAAUGGCCAAUUCAUCGCCGGCAGUUCUCCCCAUCUCUAAUGCUCAAACCACCGGCGCCGCCGUGCCCUCCUCCGACACCGUCGUCGUAGCACCCACCCCUGCUUUCCGUGCCUUCAUAAACCACAUCACCGAUACCGUACGCAACGGCCUCGCCAACCGCCGUCCCUGGGCGGAGCUCGUGGACCGCUCCGCCUUCUCGAAGCCGGAUUCCAUCUCCGAUGCCACACUCCGCAUCCGCAAGAACUGCGCCUACUUCAAGAUCAACUACCUUUCCCUGGUUGCCGUAGUUCUCGGCUUCUCUCUCAUCACCAAUCCCUUCUCCCUCCUCAUCCUCGCCGCCCUUCUCGCCGCCUGGCUGUUCCUCUACCUCUUCCGCCCCUCCGAUCCGCCUCUCGUCCUCUUCGGCCGCCAAUUCUCCGAGCGCGAAACCCUCGGCGCCCUGCUCGUCUCCACAGUCGUCGUCGUUUUCCUCACCAGCGUCGGAUCUGUUCUGGUCUCCGCGUUGAUGGUCGGCGUCGCUAUUAUCUGCACCCAUGCCGCUUUCCGUGUCCCUGAAGAUCUGUUCCUCGACGAGCAAGACGCGCCGUCAACUGGAUUCCUGUCUUUCUUGACCGGCGGCGCUUCUAGCGUAGCCGCUACCGUUACUGCUCCCGCUGUUGCUGCUCGCGUUUGAUCCUAUCAUCUCCGAUCCGUAAAAACCAAUGCUGCUCUUCUGGGGAUUCCAUCCAGAGCAAUCUGUAAGCUGUGACCAGAGUUUGAUCUCGCAAUUUGUUCUCUUGGUUUUUUGCUUAUAAACAUCAAGGGUUUACGGCAUAUAUGGACAUAAAAGCUCAGUCUAUAGCUCUUUGUAUAGCACACCUAAGUGCAGACACCAUAAAAAUUGAUCAUUCUUGGAUUUAGUGGUGCUGCCUAUUAACUGUAAUGCAUACUAGUCUUGUUUGUAAUAGUCUUCUAUUUGCACUUUAUAAACUGUGAAUGGGGAGGUUUGAGACUUUUGAUGUAGAGUGUUGAUAGGCGAUUUGGUUUGCACUCCUUCCACUCCAUCUUAUGUGAAUUUGCUUUGUGAGAGUUUAACAUUUCCAAA